AGGCGAUCAAAACAAAACAAAUCCGUCUAGUUGCGGAAAGAUUUUUUUUGCUGGUGCGCGUAUUAUCGUUUGAAUCCGGUUCGUUCCGUCGUGCAUUUGGUUGUUUCGCGUCCGGGAAGUGCUCUCUCGAAUAGGAGCCAUGAAUCGUCGCCGCGCGAAAGCGAUCCCGUAACUCCGCCGGGUGCUCGAGGAACAGGAGAUGAAGGCGUUGAUCUUGAGGGUGGGCAAAAAUAGCACCUCUUUGGAAUCUAACUUGGAGGGUUCGGUUUCGGUGCUGUAGUCGGAUUUGGGCAACUUCCGGAAAAAGAUUUUGCGGAUUUUUUCCGAUAAAGAAGCCGGAAAAGUGUUCGAUCUACUCGAUGUUUGUGGGGCUGACGAGCACGAAGAGGAGUAUCUGGAGGACGGAGGAGGAGGCGACCCGGUACGCGCUUCGAUUUCUGGCUGAUUUGGUCAGGUCAUCUCAACGAAUUUGUUGCUUCAGCUGUCUUGCGUGAUCGUCUUUGCGUCUUUGCGAUCCUUUCGACGUUGCUUUGUGUUGUCCGGGAGUUCUACGAGAAGAAAGAAUCGACGUUAGAGAAUUUGCUGGUUCAGAUUGAGAUGUUGUUUUGAAAUAGAGUCGGACGUGUUGCCGAUUUUCCGCCAAGCGGUCAUAACGUCGCUGGGUCGCAACUACCGGACAAUUCCGUACAUCCUCAAGCGCGUCUGGGACGUUGACGAACGCGUCCGGCGGCACACGUACAUCCAGAUAAGCAGCUACCCGGUCAAGCAGUACAUAGUGGCCCAGCGGUUUGUCAAAAUAGUGCUCAUUCCGCAGUGGUUCAAGUCGUACCAGAAGAAUAAUGUGGCGUUCGUGAAGGCGCUCAAAAUCGACGCGGACGAGAAGGAGAUGGAGCGGUUCGCGAAGACGGCCAAGCUUGCGCUGGGGGAGAUCUUUACUAAAUACGGCCUCAACGACGCCACCACGAUGCUCGGGCUGCGCGAGGAGGACAAAACGAUCCCGCUGAAGAACCUCACCAUCGAGACGGCAAUCUGCUGGCAGGCGCUGCUCAAGAUCCUCCAGCACACCGAGUCGUACGAGCUGGACGCGUACAUGGUGGAUCUGACGGCGUUUGGCAACUACAUCAAGACCUUUGCGGACACGCCGACGCUGUGCAAGUACAUCCGGCAGCUGGCGUACGAUCCAUCGAUGACGAGGGACAUGUUACUGAAGAUGUACUUCCAGUCAAUGAUGCAGGUGCUGCUAGAGAUUGUAUGAUCUGGGUGACGAGGUCGGUCGGGAGAACUUGAAGAAGGUGCUGGCGGAAAUGUUGGCGAUCUUGGCGAGGGCAACGUGAAGACGAUUAUGGCCAUCUUUGAGCGGUUGGUGUGUGACGUCGAGGAGCGGUUCCGAUUCUGUGUGGAUUUGAUCAAUGGCAUAAUGGACUUGAAGGAGCAGGAGAUGGACAAGGUCAACAAGAAGGAUUA